UGUUCCGAGUAAUAGAACGUGUAAAGUGAAAGUAAACAUGAUGUAUAUAUAUGCCUUAGGCAUGAUUGUAUUUCUGUGUAUUUUUGUGAUUGCGUACUUCAUAAAAAGGAAAAAUAAGAUAUCUAAAAUUACCGAGUUUUCAUCGUGUAGAAAUCCUAACUGUGUCCGUUGUGUUCAGUAUCGCCAAGUUACUGUAAGAGCAUGUGAGCGGUAUCACCAAUUAUGCCAAAUUCAAGCAGAUAUUUCAGAUGCAACUCAAAGGAUUGCAAAAUCUCUGACCAGAAAUUCAUUACACUCAACUUCAAGUCAGUUACUAGAAGAAAACGUACCAAAUCCUCUGGUGUUCGAUUUGAAAGAAUUGAACCCUACCGAGUUUUACGAAAUGUGUUCUGAUGUUCGGUUAGCAGACGAUAUCACAGUUUUGGAGGAGAAUAAGGAGACUAUUUUGUCAGAUUUUCUGAACAUUAACAAGCCACAACACCAAGAGCGUUGGUUGAGGAAUGACACUCCUGAGGGGCAGUGGCGUGUUUUUCACCUCAUCAAUCAAGGAAAAGUUAUGGAAGAAAACAUUAAACUUUGUGAUAAAACUUUUGAAUUAGUUUCUAAAUUACAGGGUGUAAUGAAGAGGAAUGUCUUUGGAAAUGUCGUUUUUUCAGUGAUUAAUCCGGGAACAAUAAUUUCAACUCAUUAUGGGCCAACUAACAUCAGAAUAAGAUGCCAUUUAGGCUUAAUAACCAUGGAUGAAUGCAUCCUAACAGUUUCUGGGAUGAACAGAAAAUGGCAGACAGGCAAAUGCUUACUAUUUAAUGAUGCAUUUCCUCAUGGAGUCACCCAUCUUGGAAGUGAUGAAAAAGGUCCACGUUGUGUACUUAUUGUGGAUCUCUGGCAUCCAGACAUCACAAUGCAAGAAAGGAACUCAAUAGACUAUAUUUUUUCUCCUGUUAAUGAGUAGCUGUGUGAUUAAUGUUGUGUUCACCUUUUCAUUUAUGAUGUAUCUAUGUGAUGUCUUCUGUGAUGUGGAGAAAUGAAAAUAGUACAUAAAAUGGAAGGAAAUUUUAUUUCUCACAGUGGAACAGAUGUCACAAAUGAUCUGACACAUCCAGUCCUGGCUGCAUGGUCUGACAAGGCCAUCUAUAGAACAUUGUUUCUUUGACUUUUCCCAACAAAAUGACUUAGAAAAAUGUCUCAAAAUUCUAUAUACAUUUAUUAACAAUCAGCAAAUCAUUUUUUAAUUUCCAAAAGUUAUGCCCUCUGUCUUUUGGUAAAACCCCAUAGAAUUCUCAGCGUAGUCUUUGCAGAAUAGGUUUGGUAUCUACAGCCAACCAAUAUUGUUAUAAUAUUUCACGCCUACAACAAAUUGAAAUGCAUGUAGUAGGUGCUGGCCUUUGUUAGACAGGUAACUUUGUCAUCUGAAAUUAAAAGUCUCUUUCCACCAUCUUCUAUUCUGAAAGCCCCAAACAUUAAAAAUCAAAAUUAAAAAGACUUCAUUCCAGGAGUGAGAAAACCCAGCUGCUUGCUAGCAUAAAGAGUCAGAUUACAGUAAAACACUGUUAUAACGAAGCACCAGGGACGGGCGAUUUUGCUUCGUUAUAAGCGUAAUAUGUUACAUCCGUCAAGUUUACAACAUGAAAUAUAGUCACGGGGAAUAAAAGUCACUUCUCUGUAAGCGUCAAUUCAUUAUAAACGUGUUCGCUAUAACCGUGUUUUACUGUAUUUGGUUUCCCCUCUUGACCUUUAAGUUGAACCAGAAAAAGAAGAUUUUGCAAAAAGUUUGGAUUGGUCAUCUUGCAUACAAUUUUUUAAAAUGUGCAUGAAAAAAUAGCAGUUUAUUUUUUUUAUUGAUUAUACAUUUAUAACCCCCUUUACUAUAAAUCAGUUGAAGCCUUUCGUCAUUAACAAAAUUAGAUGGAGAGUGUCAAUGCUUUAGAAUUUAAUAUUAUAAUCGAAAUAAAAUCACCUUUUAAAAAUUUUCAAAUGGUAUAGUAUACAACAUUAAAAAAAAAUUUUUUAAAUUAAAAAUUGUAAAUGCCAUAGCGGGUUUCGAACUUAAUCCAAUUGCGAUAUGCUGUUAGACAAAAUGAGAAAGAAAAUAUUUAGAUACCAGUUUGCUGAAUUUAUUGACGUUUAUUUCGAUAGACAAAGUCAUGAUAUGGAGGCGUCCAAUAUACUACCUUAUAAUUUGCUCCUUUUGUCAGAAAGCUCUUUCUUUUCUAUAGUUUAUCCUACAGAAAAAAAUUGGGAUCCGAUUUUUUAAUAUUGCAAAAAACUAAUUAUAUCCAGCAAAUCUACCCGGUAGGUAUAGGAAAAGUCGAUGUACUGCCGUGUUCUUCUGCAUUGCACAUUUUGGGAAUACGUCAUGAUUCAUUUUGUAACAAGUAGUAAAAUGUUGCAAACAUAAAAAUGAGUGCGUUCUUUCUACUUUAUAUUCUCUGGCGAAAUAAAAGAAGUUGCAGCUACUUUCACAGGCUAUAUGGUAAACUAUUUUUUCUUUGUAAUUGCUUUUCUUCGUGUUUCACACAGGUAUAAUGCUAGUAGUUGCACCAUCAUUGGAAAUUUUUAAUUGUCACCCACAUCUGCAACCCGGCUAUGUAAUAUGAUUUUUGGUAAUUGUAAUUAACGUAUUGUUCAGCACAUUA